GUAGUAAGGCGAAGCUUCACGUCGAUGUUUGGAGCAUCUUGGAACAUCGAGCGUUAGUGAUGAUGGGCUGGACAACUAUCACCGUUCGCUUGCUGUUAGCAUCAUCCUUCAUUGGCGCCGUCUGUUCCGUUCCUCUCAGACAUGGUAAUAAUGGUAAAGUCAGAGCAGGUGGUAUCAGAAAUCGUGUCGCACACGUCACAGGCGAACAUAGUGAUCAUAGAAGGAGGUUUGAUGAUGAUGUUGGCAACCGCAGGAAAAGGUUUGCUCGUAGCAGAAGAGACUCUGAGACGAAUGACAAUAACAGGGAACCUAUAAGAUUUCAACACCAUCCAGAUGCUCGUGUUGCCGAUAAUUUGAACGGAGAGGAAGUGGUCCAUGCACCAGUUCGUCAUGGAGUUAGAAUGCCUGAUGGUGUGAGAUCUCGGUUGAAUCAAGAAAAUGAUCAGUUUGGAGGUCCAUUGAACUCUCACCAGUCUCGAUUGGAACAGACAAAACACCAGUUUGAAGGUCAGGAGAGGUUAGCCAACCGGAGACCCCAGGAAAAUAUCAAUGAAGACCGUGAAGGAUUUGCUGCGCGUGACAUGGGAAAUUCUGAUGACCAGCAAGCUCGCCACAUGGUUCAUCAACGCCGUGAUGACUAUGUUACUGAUGGUGUGCCUCAAAAGCUUGGCAAUCUCCCAGCCUUGACUGGUUUUGAGAUGCAAGGCAAUGUUAUGCAUGGUACUGAUUCACCAGUCCAUGUGAGAAUUGAGGGCGAGCAUGCGAAUGGCGGCAGGCCGGGCAAUUUUCCGGCUGCUGCUCUCCAGCAACAGCGGUUUGAACAGCCAGCAGCCAGGCCACAGAGAGGUCACCAAGAACAGCAACGGGGUCCCAAUGGGCAAGUGGAGCAAGAAGAACAAUGGUUGAACCACCGGCAAGACACACGAGCAGCACAUGGAGAACGCUCUCGCGAUGGCAAUGCUCUUGAUAGCCACGACUCAGAAAACUACGCCGCCGGGAAUGGUGAUAAUCAGGACUAUCCUGUGAAUGCAGAUCACGUCAUUGGCCGAAGCAAAGAUAGCGAUGUUAUGAGUGAUGGCGGUGAGGAUCAGCUGAAGGCUGUGCUAAGAGAUAUUACUAAACUCAGACAGGAGAUGGAACAGGAAAGUGAGGUAAAAAUGUUGCCACCUGAUCACCUGGUGGGCAUGCCAUUGGAGAGGGACGGUGACAGUAACCCAUCGAUGCACCGUGAGGCUUUCUUUGGCAAGGAGCUGGGCAAUAUGCGCGGGCUGAGCAAAUCCAGUACUAUGCGGCGAUUGAGGCAGCUGUUCUUGAGAGCUGAUGCUAAUAGUGAUCAGCAGCUUGAUUCAACCGAGCUUGCCGAGUGGAUACACCAGCGUGGAUUGGAACAUAUGAAUGAGGCCCAGGCUAAAAACCGUGCUGACUUCAAUCACGUUGACAGAGACCGUGACCAGGAAUUGACAUGGAAUGAAUAUGCACGGCACAUUCAGCACAUGAAGUCAUCAGAUGUCCAACACCAUGCACCCAAACAUCUGUCAAAGGCUAUUUGGCGAGACCUGCAACGUGUGAAGAAUGGAAAUCGUGUGCCUGUUAGCGAUCAGAUGCGCUCCAGUAUGGGCAACAGUACUUUGCAGCGCUUGCUAGUACGUGACUUGCAGCGAUGGCGCAAUGCAGACAACGAUAAUGAUAUGAAGCUUUCCGAGGGAGAGUUCUUCACAUUCCGUCACCCGGAGUACAAUAGUGUCACACUGUCUCAGCUAGUAAAGGAGCUGAUUGCAGAGUUAGAUCAGAAUGGUGAUGGUCAACUGACGCAGGAUGAAUAUUUGUCCAGGAAGCGCACUCACAACUCCAAAGGCUUGCUUGAUGAAGGCGACGGGCUCGAGGAAAGGCGUCGCCAGUUCACUGAGCUGAUUGACGUGGACAGUGAUGGUAUGGCAACGCCUGAUGAGCUAGAGCAGUUUGUUGAUCCUCUCUCAGCACAGAGCUCCAUCAAUAGUGCUCUUGCUCUUGUGCGGCGUGUGGACAAUGAUAAAAAUUCUAAAGUUUCCUGGGACGAGUUGGUAUCCCACCAGGACUUGUUCGUCGACAACAAUCUCAACCCAAUUGUUCGUAAAACUCAUAAUGAGUUGUAACUUUUGACUUGACGAGUGGUACUGAUGCCUUGAUUAUUGUACUGCCCAGCCAUGCUAGGUUGGCAUCUGUCCUAUUUUUUAUCCACUUCUUGUAUAAAAGGAAAGUAUUAUUGGUGUCAGGAAGUCGUUACAAACCUUUGUACGACUCCAGGUUUGUACGACUCCCUGAUUGCGUUUAGUCUUUUAAAUACUGCAUUUACUCACUGUUAUUUUACUGCAUUCUGAGUGAAAUUCUGCUGGCAGAUAUCCAGAGAUCUUUUUUCUUUCUUUUUUUUUGCUUUAACACAUCCUUUGUUCAGAUCUUCUUUUUCAUGGUCUCAGUCUCACAGUCAUGUGCAUUUUUUACAUGGUUGAUAUGAUUAUGCAUAAUAAUAUGUGUAUUAUCUUUUUGAGGACUUGUUUUGUUCAUCAUGCAUUGCACCAUACUACAUGUACAUACGUAUCUCUCUGUGCUAACGCUGUCGUCUGCAUGUGCAUAUUACAAAGGCAGAAGAGGACGGUGAUAGCCAGUUGUCGGAGGAUUGCCUUAGCCUUGCUAUGUGCAUGCACGAAACGCAGAGUUACAACUAUGAUUUAUCCGGUUUUCACUGUCCUCUUCUGUCUUUGUGGUAUUGCUCCAUUCUUGCGGUGUUGAGCACUCUAGCAAUCUGGGAAUUCCCACUAUUGUCA